AUGGCUGGGUUCAGCAAAACCACGACGGCCUACCGCAGAAGGCUGGAUACAGGCAGGAGGACAUCAACGAGAUCCACGGCAGUUGGUACGAUCCUUCGAACCCAGUCGUUCUCUAUCCACGGUAGUCUCCGUGGCGAUCUAUACAAAGACAUGAAGAAUUUGGCAAAGACAGCCGAUCUUGUGUUGGUCCUUGGUACGUCUCUGUCUGGUCUCAAUGCGGACCUAUGUGUCACCCAAACUGCUGGCAGAUCAUUGCCGAAUCUGUUUGGCGAAGCUACCUCGCUGGGCUCUGUCAUCAUCUCACCGCAGCGCACUCCUGAGGAUGGGGAAGCCAGUCUCCGCUUUUUCGCCACAGCAGACGACGUCAUGGAGGCCUUGGCAAAGGAGCUUCAUUUUCGCGUUCCCUCGGAUCCUUGGUACAGGAUGGCUAGCUUUAGUUCUGAGCUCCGCGUGAAGGUUCCAUAUGAUAAGAAUGGAAAGCGGUCCAACAAAGUCCAGACUUGGUGGGAUCUUUCCCCGGGAUCAAAGCUGACAGUGUCAAAACAAAACAACAUCGAAGGUGCACAGCAACCUUCAUAUUUGCAUAUCACGCCCACCGUCGAGGGUGAGGUUUUUCUCCUCAACGAGCGGUCGCGCUACAUCAGCAUUCGCUUCGGAGGUGGCCAAACAGCCAUGCAGCUUGGUGUUUGGUGGAUUGAUGCGGCAUUGAGAGGAGGAGUUGAUCACCUGCCCGUGGUCAACGUCGGCGCCGUGGAAGAGCCACAGCAGAUAUUGUCGAGUCAGUGCAGGGCUUGA